CCACUUUUUUUUCUGCCCUUGCUUUUUUACAAGUGCAAGUCCACGAUCAACACCUUUGCAGUGAGACGUGAAGUUAAUUCCGAAUUUAAAAAAAAAUAUACCCUAAAACACCAUAAUUUACACGUUACAACAAAUCAGGCAACCUCUUUCACGGUUUCUCUAUAUCAAUUAAUUCCUUAUAAAGAAUGUCUAUUGUCAACAUUCUUUCUGUUAAUGUGUUGAACAAUCCUGCAAAAUUUUUGGAUCCUUACCAAUUUGAAAUUACAUUCGAGUGUUUGGAACCAUUAAAAAGCGAUUUGGAAUGGAAACUGACAUACGUUGGCAGUGCUACGUCUCAAAGUUAUGACCAAAUUUUGGAUACUUUACUCGUCGGACCCAUUCCUAUUGGAGUCAACAAGUUUGUGUUUGAAGCAGACCCUCCAAACAUUGACCUUCUUCCCCAGCUAACAGAUCUCCUUGGCGUUACGGUCAUUUUAUUGUCAUGUGCUUAUGAGGAAAAUGAAUUUGUACGUGUCGGCUACUACGUCAACAACGAAAUGGAGGGUGUUGACCUGCAAGAAAUGGAGGAAUCAGAAGUGAAAAAAAUCAAGGUCGAUGUCGACAAAGUUUGGCGAAACAUCUUGGCUGAAAAGCCUCGGGUAACCCGUUUCAACAUUCAAUGGGACAACCCAGACUUUGACGAUGCACCCCCUGCCCAAGGGGACGCGGAACCCGAAGAAGAAGACGAAGAAAUGGAGGAGGAGGAAGAAGAAGUUGAAGGAGAAAUUGAGGAAGAAGAAGAAGAAGAGGAAGAGGAGGAGGUCGAAGAAGAAGACGAUGUGAUGGAAGAAGAAGACGUGGACGACGCAGACGGUCAAACGACCGAACAAGAACACGAGACUGAACCGGAACAGGAUCAGUCAAAGACUGCACCUCCCGCAAACAAUACCCAAUAACGCACUCACGAACGCAACUAAAAAAACAUGAGCAUAGUGACAAAAAAAUGCACGACACUCUACACAAUGUUUAGUACAGUGUUGAAUUUAUACCACAGGAGUCUUCCCUUUUCUUAACUUUGCUACAUAUGGACACACUUUCUCGCUUUCCUUUUCUUGUACCAUCUAUACCUCUUCGAAAAAGAACAAAAUUUCGCCAUGUAAUUUAACGCUUUCGACUACAAAUAGAAGCCUCUCUGGUGGAAGCCGUUGCAAAUGCCAAUUUCAUGCUGCUAUUCUCGUUAACCUUUUGUUUCUGUUAAGUACACUCCCGCGGAUGUCCCGCUCGUUUUCCGAGGCUAAUACGUUUCCCCGCGCACCUAUGACAUGUGCCGCGGUAAGGCUCCAAAGUCUAUUGCCUCCCAAGAGAGCAUCGCUCCUUGACUUCCCCACUUUCAAAAAACUCCCAAU